ACUGCAUAUAAAUCUCGAAGUCAGUUUCGCGGUUUACAUCGAGUAAAGUGGUGGAGAUUGUGUGAUUCGGGGUGAUAUAAAGCAUUUCAAAAUGGAUACUGCUCCUAUAACGAAGCAACCACCUCCAUACUCGGAAACAGUUCGACCCACAUUAGAUGAUGCAACCGGGAAUAACUGGCAACAGGACCAUCAUCCCCAGUAUCCUUCAGCUCCACCGAUCUCGUCGUUUUCUUACAUGCCAUUGACACCACCCCCAACAACCACACAUAACGUAACAGUCGUUACGGCUGCAGCUCCGCAAAUUAUGGGUGGAUGUCCAGCUUGCAGGAUAGGGACCAUGGAGAAAGGUUUUACUUGUUGCGGCAUUUGCUGUGCGAUUUGUUUGUUCCCUAUCGGCAUCUUGUGCUGUUUUUGCAUGCGCAGAAUGAAGUGUAGGAAUUGCGGAGCGACAUUGUAGUUGCGGCAACAAAAUGAUCAAUUACUGUUUUCGUAUCACACAUUAUUCAUGGAAAAGGUUCGGUAAAUUAAUCUUUAGUUAUUUUAUGACGAAGUGCAUACACAUAUUGCUUGCCUACGCGUGGUAGCCAAUAAUGUAAUAUUCCUCAGAAUUUGCUAUCUCAAUUCUGUUCUCACGUUUAUGCAUGAAAUUUAGGCAUGUAAUGCUCCGAACUUAAUAAAGUUAAACUCAAUGAACUGUAAA